AUGGCUUUCCAGGAGCUUAGAGCACAUCUCGACGGUCAUGCAACCGUUUUAUUUCCAGGCGACCAGGAUUGGGAUGAUAGCGUAAAGCGAUGGUCUGCUAUAGGCUUUCGACAACCGGGUGUCGUGGUUCUUCCAACCGAUACUCAGGGAAUAGCAAGGACGGUGAGGUAUGCAAAGGAUCACAAGUUAGAUCUAGCGGUUCAGGGUGGAGGUCACUCCAGCAGCACAGCUGCGUCGACUGAUGGAGGAAUACUUCUGAACCUCGGCACGAUGAACCGAGUGAGCGUCGAUACUAGCACCCGGACAGUCACCGUUCAAGGUGGUGCAACAUGGGCUGAUGUGGCCCGAGAAACUGCUAAGUACCAGCUAGCCCCAGGUUGGGGUUGGGGUCUCACUCUGCGCGGCGGCUUCGGAUUCUUGACGCCGCAACACGGUGUUACGCUCGACACUCUCCUUGCGGCGAAAGUGGUCACUGCGGAUGGGAUCGAGUUGCAGGUGUCCAACAAGGAACACUCGGAUCUAUUCUGGGCUAUUCGAGGUGCUGGACCAAAUGUUGCAGUAGUGGCUGAAUUCAAAUUCCAAGCAUACCCACAACCAAAUUUGGUCUGGUCUGGGUUGAGAAUCCACGCAUCUAGCGAUGUAUCGAAGGUCAUUGAAGCCCUGAAUCAGGCGCUUGUUCACCCCCAAGGCAGAGCAGCAGCGCAGUGUAUUCUGUGUUUAUCCCCGGAGGACGAAAGAACCCCGACUGUCACUACGAUAAUAUUCUACGACGGCUCCGAGGAAGAGGGACGGAGACACUUUGCUCAGUUGCUUGAGGUGGAAUGCAUCAAAGACGACAUUAAAAUGAGACCCUAUCGCGAAACUAUCGGUAUCUGGGAUCGGCUGGCGCCCCCUGGGGGUCGGAAAAGGGAACUAGGGAUCCAAAUGACGUUACCACCCCGGCUUGCGUUUGUCUCAGAGCUCAUGGACAAAAUCAGUGAUAAACUUACCAAGGAGCCAGACCUGGCUAAAACUGACUUGGAGAUCGACUAUCUUGACCCGACCCAGAUCUGCCGUACUUCCAUUACAGAGACCGCUUUCCCUACGCGUGUUGUUGAUCUCCUGCAUGCGACGCUCAUGUUGCAGUGGACUGACGCCGGCAAGGAUGAGGACUUUCUCUCAUGGGGACAGUCAAUCCAGAAGAUGUGUGAAAAUGAAUUAACUAACCAAGGCCACAAACUGGCACACACAGUCUCGAACUACAAUGGUUACACUCAAGAAAUGAAAGUGGCAGCUGCAGAUAUGUUUGGCGUAAAUGCGGAGCGCUUAUUGCAGAUCAAGGCAAAGUAUGAUCCAGCCAAUAUUUUCAACAAACUUAACCCACUUGAUCGGGAUUUAUGA